CGUCCCGGUGGACGAUGGUACGCGUUUGCUGUUUAGAGUGUUAAGUGAUACUGUAAAAACAUAUUGUUAUAUUAUUUAUAAUAGUUAAAGAUUUAAUAUUUUAUUCACAGACCACAGUGCAUAGUUAUAUGGUUUAAUAAUCAUCAUAAUAUUACAAUAAUAAAUAAUCGUUACCGAAUCUCGUUCGGCCAUUUAUGGUAAUGUAAUCUUACGAAUCCGCUGGUCAACACCAUACAAAACAUCAAGAUGAAUGAUAAAAUAUCGUUUUCGUUCAACUCCGGUGGACGGUCGUCGUCGUCCAGGUCAGUGGCCAUACCUCCACCGGCAAACAGCGGACUCAGUAAGCAGGGCUACUCCACAUUGAACGCCAUUAACCAUUCGGCAAUCUCCAACUUAUGGGGUGUGCCGAAGAAACGGGCAAAAACCGAAGAAGAGUAUUUUGAAGACGAAGAUGAACAUCAACAGCCUCAACUCGAGUACAUUCCUGCGCCCGAUAGUCCAUCUAAUAAAAAAUCUGACUGCGAUUCUGAUUCAUCUGAAGACCCGUUAGAUGCUUUCAUGGAAGGGUUAGAAAAAGAAGUAAAAAAAGCAAAAACUUCUGACAAAAAAGAAAAAAAGGAAGAUGAAAAAGGUAUCAGACAAGAUAUUGAAGAAGAGGACAUAGAAGAAUCAUACUACAGGUGUUUUAAAGCUAGCGAAGAUCACACUUGGGAACAAACAGUCGGAUCAAGUUCAUCAGUAAAAGUACACACAGGUCCAUUAAAAGAAAGAAAAGCCAAAAAAAACCGAUGGGACAACUGA